AUGAAGGCGUUCUGCUUCACUUUAACGCUCCUCUGCGUCGUCCAGAGCAUUCUGGCGAUUCCACGUCCAGAUUUCGCGAUCAGUGGAUCCAUAUCCGGAUCUGCAACCGUCAAACAGGCGGGCAUCGAUUUGAGCACGGAUGCCGCAAAGGUCGGUGAGAAGACGUUGACCGUCGCCUCCGGCUACACCUCGCUCGUCACGGUCAGUGACGCAUUGCAAGCCAUAGGUGACUCGAUCGUGUCGGCCGCCUCGGAUGUGGGCAACGCGAUCCGUCUGCUAUCGAUCGACAAUCAAGGCACGAUCGAUGUUGCGUUCACGGAAGUUUCCAACAAGAUCGGCACACUGAAGACCCUGCUGGCUGGCACCUUCGAUGGUAAGCUGGACUCGAUCACCACGAUCACGGGCUCGUACAUCAAGAACCAGUUCAAGGAUGCCUUUGCGACGACCACCACCACGCUGAACUCGCUCACCACGGCGCUAACCGCGCUCAAAAAGGACGUAACGGCGGCGAAAACCGCGGCCGGAAAUGGACCGAUCACAGCGGCGCAUAUCCGCGCGAACGUCAAACCAAAGAGCGUCAGUGACGUGCUCUCGUUCGUCCGCUCACUCCGCUCGAACAUGCCCCUGAUCCGGUUCGUCAUCGACAGCUCGCUGGAUAACGUGGCAGCCGCUGAUGGUUUCGUUACCGACCUGAAGGUUGACCUGUUGGCGGGCAUCGCUGCUUACGGCGUCAACCUGGCUGCGUACCAGCAGGCAGUCACCACGCAGGGUACCGAUGUUGGACCGAAACUGACCACCGCCGUCGGCACCAGUCCCUCCAUGAUCCUGGCCGACAUCCAGUCAGCCCUCGAUGCUGCCUCCUGGUAUCUUUCCUCGCUAUCUACACCGCUCGGUUCCCUCAACACGGCCCUUACCACCGAGGUGAACACGGCAAACACCGCCAUCGCCGCGUCGCUCUCGACGUACGCCGGCAAUGUGCCCAAUCUGCAGCAGAACCUGCAGUCGACGCUCGGUACGACGCUGUGCGUCGCUAUUAAGGCCGUGUCCGAGGUGCAGAUCGCGAACGGUCCGUACUCGGACUUCUGCUUCAGCAAGUUCUCGCCCCGCGUCAUAUCGCAGAUUACGCUCACCGUCGAUGCGAUCGAGGUUUGCUUCGAGAAGGAGCUCACCCGGCUGGUGAGCCUUGAAGGACUCGCGACCAUGGUCGGUCAACAGCUCGCGUUCAACACCGAGGAUCUGCUGGCGAACAUGAACUUCUGUCUCGGCAUCACCGUUUCCGACGAUCAGGCGACCUGCUUCAAGAGCCUCAAACCGUACUACACGGCAAUCGCGUCCAAGGCAUCCGCCCUGUUGACGACGCUUAAGUCCGUUGUGGCCUCAGAAGCGACGGCCAGCUACAACCGUCUUGGUGCCUGCAUCAUCGCUUCACUGGGCGUUACCAGCAUCAGUGCCGCGGAGGCCUCCAGCGGUGUACGAACCUGCCUGACUGCCGGACCUACUGCCUGA